AGCAAUUUGCUGUAGAUAAUCAGAAGUCGAGUAUUUUUGUAACAGCAAACAACAAUCAUAUUUUUGUGCAAGAAAACAGGCCGAUUUGAAAAUGAAAUCCACCGUCAAUUUUUGCUUGGCACUUUGCCUGCUCGUUGUGAUGUGCCAUGGGGUGCCCGUGCAACGUGAAACGCUACUGAGUAUUGAACAACCAGCGGCCGUCGUUUUCGAAUAUCAACCGCAGCAGCUAAGACGUGUAGCACGCCAUGCAUAUCCCGAUUUUGGAUUUGGAGGAUAUCCCGGUGGAGGAUAUGGAGGAUAUCCCGGUGGAGGAUAUCCCGGUGGAGGAUAUGGAGGAUAUCCCGGUGGAGGAAUUGCAUCUGCAAGCAGUCAAUCAUCUGCAAGCGCAAGUGCCGGCAGUAACGGUGGUUAUUAUCCCAGUGGUUACGGCUAUAUUGGUUGAGAGGAAUAUACAAAAUCUUUGCGACAAAACCUUGGAUAGUGCUAAUUAAAUAUUGUAAUUUAUUUUAGUAGAAAAUGGAAAC